GAGUUGUAUUUGCUUUUGUUUACGAAUAUGUUAUUGUUUUUUGUUUGAUUUGAUUUGAGAUUUGUGAUUAAAUUUCAUUUUUUGCUGAGAAAUUUGUCAAUCGCAGUAUUUUUGAUCUAUUUUUUGUUCGUUAAUUUAUUUUUGCACUGCUUGACAGUUUACAUGCCGAAAUUUGCUGCCUUUGAAUUGUUUGUUUUUGACUCUGCGCUGGUUUAUGAAUUUGCAUUAGUUUUACAGUGGGAGAAGCUGAAAGAGGAUAGAGGGGAGGGGUUUUAGGAUAGGUUAUGGCUGCAAACGUGAGUGAGGACUCUGUUCACGUCCCCUCGACUUCACCUCCGUAUUGGGAUGCUGAUGAUAGUGAUGAUGAUGGAGGGCCAAAGCCUGAAGAGCUGUAUGCUAAGUACACAUGGAGGAUUGAUAAGUUUUCGCAGAUUAAGAAGAGAGAGCUUCGCAGUAAUGCAUUUGAAGUUGGCGGCUACAAUUGGUACAUCUUGAUAUAUCCUCAGGGGUGUGAUGUCUGUAACCAUCUCUCCUUGUUUCUUUGUGUUGCUAACCAUGAUAAGCUUCUUCCAGGAUGGAGUCACUUUGCUCAAUUCACUAUCGCUGUUGUGAAUAAAGAUGCAAAAAAGUCAAAAUAUUCUGAUACGUUACAUCGUUUCUGGAAAAAAGAGCAUGAUUGGGGGUGGAAAAAGUUUAUGGAGCUAUCUAAAGUGUCAGAUGGUUUUGUGGAUGCAGACGACGUACUUACCAUUAAGGCUCAAGUUCAAGUGAUCAGGGAGAAGGCAGAUCGACCAUUUCGCUGUCUGGACUGUGCGUAUAGAAGAGAACUUGUUCGAGUGUACCUAACAAAUGUUGAGCAGAUCUGCCGGCGUUUUGUUGAAGAGAGAGGAGGAAAGCUGGGAAAGCUGAUAGAGGACAAAGCUAGGUGGUCAAGUUUUUGUGCAAUUUGGCUAGGAAUGGAUCAGAAUACAAGACGUCGCGUGUCAAGGGAGAAGAAAGAGAUGAUACUAAAAGUUGUUGUGAAGCAUUUUUUUAUAGAGAAGGAGGUCACAUCUACUUUAGUUAUGGAUUCAUUGUACAGUGGGCUGAAAGCGCUUGAAGGUCAAAGCAAAGGCAAAAAAGGAACGGAAAAGUCACUAGAGGGUGAAGAUACACCUGCUCCUAUUGUUCGAGUGGAGAAGGAUGUGUUUGUUUUGGUAGAUGAUGUCUUAUUACUACUUGAGAAGGCUGCCAUGGAACCAUUGCCUCCAAAGGAUGACAAGGGUCCUCAGAACCGCACCAUGGAUGAAGAUAGUGGAGAGGAUCCCAACAAAGACUCUAUUGAGUGUGAUAAGAGGCGUUUGACGGAAAUAGGCCGAAGGACGGUGGAAAUUUUUGUGCUUUCUCAUAUUUUCAGCAAUAAAAUUGAAGUGGCCUACCAGGAAGCUCUCGCGUUAAAGAGACAAGAGGAACUCAUUCGUGAAGAGGAGGCUGCAUGGCUGGCUGAGAGUGAGAAGGCCAAGCGAGGUGCUGGAGAUAAGGACAAAAAAUCAAAGAAAAAACAGGUUGCUCCUUAUUAUGCAACAAUUGAUUUUUGAAACUUCUUGUAGUCUGAAGCUGACUCUCAAAUCUUUUAGAAACUAGAGUGGGAAAUUAGAUAUUAUAUUUGGUUUUGGCUCUCCUUGAAUGAUAAGGAGGCGAGUGGUGUGAAGAAAUGAGAUUCGUCCAAAUUGUGUUUUCAUUUCAGUUGGUGUGGUUAUAUUCAGGUCCGGUCCUGGAGGUAGUUUUGAGGGGCAACUGCUCAAGGCCCGUUAAUAUAAAGGGCCCAAUUUUGAUUUAAAGCUUGUAACAAAAGGGAGAAACAACAAUUAUUAAAAUCAAUAAUAUGAAGUUUGGCUUGGUG